CGCCCCGCUCCUGAAUCCGUUGGUUGUCUUUUCUUCUCGCUCCGGCGACCGUCCAGGUCCGCUCGGGGCAUGUAGUUUCCCGGCUACGUCGAACGUAAGUCACCGGCGCUUGCGUCCAAUGUAGCCAGGCUUUAGAGCACCGCCGCGUCGGCGCAGAAUAUAACAUUUUGGCGACGAGGAUGGGAUAUUUGUUUUAAUAUGUAGCAUUUCCUCUUUUGUAACCCGGGAUUCGGGAGGGGGCUUCACUCCGCGUCGCGGGUCAGUGGUUGAGGAAACCGGCGCGUAACUGUAUUCAUGAAAUGUGUUCCUUUUUGUUCCGGGUGAACGGUAGUCAUAUUUUGCGGAAAGGCCGCGUUUGAUGAGUUUCGGGGGGAGGCAUUAGGCCUAGGUUUUCAGUACGUUCCAUUUUCAUCGUGAGAUGACUUCGUCAUCUUCGUCUUCGAGCGGCCCAACGGCGUUCCCGCCGCCGGCCGUCUUUUUGGCUGUGCCCGGUCCGCCGAUAGUAGCUUGGCCGGCAUGGAAGCGUGCUUUUCUGACUUUUCUUGACGCGUCGGCGUUGCAUCUCGUAGAACCGUUCCGAAAAAAAGCCAUCCUGUUUUCGCUGUUGGGCACUGAGGGCCAGCGCAUCGUGGAUGCAUUUCAGCUGUACGAGACGGUUGCGGUGGAGGGGACUGACGAGUUCCAGGUUUUUCUGGAGGCAGUCGAGAAGCAUUUUGAGUUUUCGGGUAGUAUCGCGCUUGAACGCCAGAAGCUGCGCGGUUUGUUCCAACGUCCUGGCCAGUCGGUAACUGAGUUUCUUGCCGUGUUGCGUCAUCAGGCUUCGUUUUGUGCUCUGGGGAACGCGCUCGAUGAAAGACUUUGCGAGGUUUUCUUGGAAGGCCUGGAGUCCAGACGCGUUCAGGAUCGCGUUCUGCAGGAGUGCGAGGGCAGCGAGCUGCCAACGCUGUCGCGGGCUAUCCAGAUCGCUCGCCAGUACGAGCAGAGAGCGAAGACGGCCGCAAGUUUUCGGCGGCGAGAGUCGCAAGUCCCGGUCGCGGCAGAAGUUCAGCGUGUCCAGAUCGAGAAACGUCAAACGGCAGCAACACAAGAUGGCGGCCAAGCGUCGUCUUCUUUCAUCGAGCAUGGGAAAGAUGGCUACAGCGGCUACCCUCCCUGGCCUCAACCUGGCUACCCCCCGUCGCAGCUUGGACCCAGGAUGCCUUGGGCUCCGGUGGCCUCCGGUCACGUGCCCCGUUUUCCGGCGAGGGUGUUCCAGCCUCAGCGUGGGCGUGAGCCCGCUCCGCCUCGGACGGGUGGGAUCGGAGCAGACGACGCCUGCUACUUCUGUGGACGCCGCCGUCAUGAUCGAGCGGUUUGCCCGGCGUCUCAAGCGACAUGCUUCUUAUGUGGAAAGUGGGGACACUUUGCAGUGGCGUGUCAGAGUCGUCGCCCGCCGGCGGCUGCCUUCACCUACGAUCGGCGACAGGCAUCGUUCCCGGUUCAAGGCCGUGGUACUCGGCGGACCUUCGCCGACAGACAGUUCAGAGGGGACCGGCCCGGCCGGGUGAACGUGGUCGGCCAGUCGCUGUCUCCUGAGGAGCUGCCAAGCGUCAGGCUGACGGAGGAACCUGUGGUCGUCGGAACGGCCGAGCGACGAGAAGGCGGCAGCAUGCGUCGUGACGCCUUCAUGGCCGAGAUCACGGUAAAUGGGACCCCUCUUCGUCUUCUUGUUGAUACCGGUUCAUGUGUGUCGAUCCUAAAUGAACGCAUGUUUAACGAAGUUAACAAGCAGCGGAGGAUAAAGUUACAUCCGCCGUCGACGCCUCUCGUCCACUAUUUGCAAGAGACCAUUCCGGUACUUGGAUGUUUUGUGGGACAAGUAAUUUUUAAGAACCGCUGGACAACGUUGGAGUUUUACGUAACCAAGACUGGACGUUCGUUACUCGGCAUCGACGCGGUCCGCGAGUUGCAACUGGUGUUGAAUGGCGCUAAACAUGAGUGUUUGUAUGCGAAUGCAGCUCACGGAGGAGGAGCAUCACAGCGGGAUGUGAGGCCCAUGCCCAACCCGCAGCGACGACCGUUCACCGCGUCGUCCUGUCAAGCAUCGCAAGUCCCUGGUUCUCGACCAGCGGCAAGUUCCAGACCUUCAUUUGCGGAGAACCCGUCUCCUGCUUCAUCGGUCUCUGAAGAGACCACACCUAAAGUCUUCGAGGACGAGUCAAGUCCGCAACGUCAUCCUGAGAGUCGAGGGCUCCAUAGUCCGCAACGUCAUCCUGAGAGUCGAGGGCUCCAUAGUCCGCAGCGUCAUCCAGAGAAAUCCAGUCCUUCAACGAGCCUUGUUGGUGGUUCCUCGAAGCGAGACACAUCCAAGUUGCCACCUGGCUUCGAAGAUUUUGAACAUCUUUUUAGCCCGGGGUUGGGUCUGCUGAAGAAUUACUCGCACAAGGUCAAGGUGCGGCACACAGUUCCACCAGUCCAAUCAAAGCUCCGUCGCCUCCCGAUGACCCUAAGGGAUCGGGUUUCCGAAGAAAUUUUCAAGCUGGAGCGAGAGGGCGUAAUUGAACGUGUCGAAGCCUCCGAGUGGGUGUCACCUAUUGUUGUCGUCCGCAAGCCCGAUGGCAACAUCCGUAUGUGUGUGGACCUACGAGCUCCGAACCAGGCCGUUGUCAUUGAUUCAUUUCCACUUCCUUGCAUCAAUGAACUGUUGAACUCUCUACGGGGAGCGGCGAUCUUCUCCAAGCUGGAUUUGGCGUCCGCCUACCAUCAAGUCCGUCUCGACCCGGUGAGUCGUGACCUCACGUCUUUCAUUACCCACGAGGGGUUAUUUCGCUUUAAGAGAGUUUGCUUCGGGCUGGCAUCUGCACCCGCAGCUUUCCAGCAACUCAUGUCCAAAAUCCUAAGGGAUUGUCCAGGCGUUCAGUUCUAUCUGGACGAUAUCAUCGUUUAUGGAUCCACUUUGAAGGAGCACGAUGAGAAUCUCCGUCGUGUCUUGUCUCGAAUUUCCCAAGCAGGAAUGAAGCUAAACCGUAAAGGUGUUUUCCAAGUACAGGAGCUCUCAUUUUUGGGACACCAUCUUUCCGUGAAAGGUUUAGCACCCCUGUCAUCCAAGGUAGAUGCGGUCCUAAAUUUUGCAACUCCCUCUGAUGCAGUGAAGUUAAGAGCAUUUUUAGGGCUGGUAGAGUACUACAGCAAGUUCAUCCCUCAUUGUUCCACCAUCGUCGAACCGAUGCGUCGUCUCCUACGUAAAGGAGUUCGUUUCAACUGGUCUCCGGAAGUCGAGGCCAGUUUUCAGAAAGUAAAGACUUCCAUCCAAGAAGCUCCAAUUUUGGCCAUGUUUGACCCGACGUUGCCUAUCGUCGUGGCCACAGAUGCUUCUCAGUACGGUCUCGGUGCUGUUUUGCAGCAGCAGUAUGGUAGCCAGCUUCGUCCUGUAGCCUUCGCGUCUCGCUCGCUAACUGAUGCAGAGCGAAGGUAUUCCACGGGCGAGAAGGAAGCUCUCGCAUGUCUUUGGGCGUGUGAAAAGUGGCACGUGUAUCUGUGGGGAAGGUCUUUUGUCAUUCGUACUGACCAUCAGGCGUUGGUCACGUUGCUGUCCAACAAAGGUUCCGGAAUCCGUCCUCUAAGGAUCACUCGUUGGUCCUCCCGACUUCUGAAUUACAAUUUCAAAAUGGAGUUUCAGAAGGGCGCCACCAACGUCGUUGCUGACGCGUUUUCACGGUUGCCAGUGUCUGACACUGAGGAGGGCAUGAGAUUCGACGAGGAAGUUGUUUCCGUCGUAAUGGUUCCUUUGUCGAAAGGCGGUUUUCAACAGGCUACGGCCAAUGACAUAGUUCUUCCUUCAGUCAUCCGCUAUACUACCUCGGUUUGGCCUGAAGAUAGUAAAACCAAUCCAGAUCUCCGGCCUUACUAUCACGUCAGAGACCAACUGUCGCUGUACGACGGUAUUUUGUACAAGGGAGAAAAACUUGUCGUCCCUGUCGAGUUUCGAGACCGGAUCGUGGAAGUAGCACACGAAGUUCAUCAGGGGAUCACAAGAACCACAAGUGUGAUCCGGGAACACUACUGGUGGCCGUUGAUGAAUGAACACAUAAAGAACAAGAUCCAGAACUGCACGGUGUGCCAUGCUACCGACAAACCAGUGAAGGCUGCACCGGCUCCCUUGCAGCCCAUCCAGUUUCCAAGUCAGCCCUGGGAAAAGCUAGGAAUCGACAUCGUGGGCCCGGUUGAUCGUGCACCGGCCAGUCAAAGGUUUUUUUUGGUACUCAUAGAUUACCACUCCAAGUGGCCAGAAGUUCAAGCCACGUGUCUCCAAUUGCUGUGA